AUGGAAACCUGCGUUGGAGCUUGGCAGGUCUGGGAAGGACAGAUGAGUGUUUGUAAGAAUGUUGAUCGCGACACUUCCUUCGCAUGUACCUCUGCUUUCCAACGCUUUGUGCUCGACUACUUGCUGCGUGCCUGCAAUGACCCGGUUCUUUUUAAACACGCGCAUCGCACUCGUUUCCAGACUCUGGUGGCUGACUUUUUGGUAUCCUUUCUUGUUUUCCAACUUGCAGAGUAUGACCAGGUGCACGUGCUGGAUGAGUUUGUUGCUGCGGUGAAUGAAGCGAUUUUUGGCGAAGCAUCUAACAGCCAUUCACCGGAUGCUUUAUUGAGCAUGCUGCAAGUAUUCCAAUUCCCGCGUUUGAAAUGUGCUGCCUCCUCCGCGCCACCAAAGAUGCUGCUUACGACGCGAACUAAGAUGCUUCGUGCCCUGAGUCACGCUCUUGCCGGAGGCUUUAUUAGUGCGUCGACACUUUCGCUGUCAGCACUAGCACGUGUCCAUUGUGUCUUUCCUGUUUGUAGUUUGAUAGCUGACGAUGGCGAGAUAAUGUUGCAGCUUCUGGCGUGGAUGAAAGCUUCCACUGCCAUUGGCAAAUCGUCUAGCGCUUUGACAGCUCUGACAUCUGCACUUCAAGCAUACUUAAAUUGUGAAGCGAAAGGAAACUCAGAAGGAGCUUUGCUCAGUCCACCUCAACUGUCGAGGCUGCUGCUUUUUACAGCAGAAGUCAUACGCGAUUCGAAUGCUCAACCUACCGACAAACAUCUUGGACAUCAGAGCAAUGUGAAAGUCGUUAUCCGUACCCCACUGAGUGCAUUGCUGCCCACAAGUCUAGAUUUUGAAUUGCACAGUACUCUACUUGUGCUUUUUGUUGCCAAGUUUGAAGAGCAAAUCCAGGGAACUUUUGGAUAG